AUGGAAGAUCGCAUUGUCAAAAAUCAUCGUGCCAAACUGAUUGUUGAUCUUGAAAUGCCUGAAUUGGCAGAGUUGGUUGCGCAGAGAUUGGCGGGAGUCCUCUCAGUGGACAACGCUUGCUCCAUUUUAACAGCUGCGGUGGAUUUAAAGGCUCCACAAUUAGCUGAUGCCUGCCUCUCCUACGUCUUUCGGUAG